CGCGCGGGGCUGAGACGAGCUGAGAGGAGACCCGCGAACCACCAUGCCCAACUGGGGAGGCGGCAACAAAUGCGGUGCCUGCGGCCGCACCGUCUACCACGCUGAGGAGGUGCAGUGCGACGGCAGGAGCUUCCACCGGUGCUGCUUCCUCUGCAUGGUCUGCCGGAAAAACUUGGACAGCACAACUGUAGCCAUUCAUGAUGCUGAAGUUUACUGCAAAUCUUGCUAUGGAAAAAAGUAUGGCCCGAAAGGUUAUGGAUAUGGCCAAGGGGCAGGCACGCUGAACAUGGACAGGGGAGAGAGACUAGGCAUCAAGCCUGAGAGCACGCCCUCUCCUCACCGGCCCACAACAAGUCCAAACACUUCAAAGUUUGCUCAGAAGUUCGGUGGGGCAGAGAAAUGCUCCAGGUGUGGUGAUUCUGUUUAUGCAGCAGAGAAAGUAAUAGGAGCUGGAAAGCCAUGGCACAAAAACUGCUUCCGAUGUGCCAAGUGUGGAAAAAGCCUAGAAUCUACAACCCUAACUGAAAAAGAGGGAGAAAUCUAUUGUAAAGGUUGUUAUGCGAAGAACUUUGGCCCCAAGGGAUUUGGGUACGGCCAGGGAGCAGGUGCCCUAGUUCACGCCCAGUGAACAGCUUGAAACCCUGUACAGCUCUGCUGAGACCCUGCUACAAGAAAGAAGAGAGUUCCCUAAACGUUACUAACUACUGUGAAACAGAUACUAGUUACUGUAGUGCUUGGGCCAUACGUUCAGCAGAUGAUUUUUUUUUUUUUUUUUUAAAAACACUGCUUUUUUCUUGCUUUGUGUAUCACACUCUGACACUUUUAAUACUGAGUAUCAAUUCAAUAAAGCUUUGCUUGUUGAUAUAUCCUAAA